AUGCGCAUCGCCAAAUUGGAAGGGAACUUCAGCAAGGCUUUCCUUCUCACGAUGGAGGAUGGCAACGAAGUCAUAGCAAAGAUUCCUUGCCCAAACGCUGGUCCGCCGGUACUGACAACCGAGUGCGAAGUGGCGACAUUGAAGUUUUUGCGUUCUCAUAUAUCAACUCCAGUUCCUGAAGUCUACCAGUGGUCUUCAGAUCCAACGAACCCCGUAGGUGCUGAGUAUAUUUUAAUGGAAAAGACUCGCGGAGUACCACUAGCAGAGAAAUGGAGUACCUUGAACACAUUGCAGCGGUAUCAAUUAAUCGAUAAAAUUUUGGAAAUGGAGAAGGCGCUCCAAAGGUUACAAUUGCCCGCAUAUGGAGGUCUCUUCCUGCAGGAGUCUUUGCCAUCCAGCUACCCGCGCUGCCAUCUUCCUCCAGGUUUGGACCCGAACAAGCAGUUCUGUAUGGGUCCGUCAGUCGAUCUAUCUUCCACUGCAUCUGUUGGCGCAAUUAGGAAAGAUUCUGGGCCAUGGACAUCACUUUUGGAGUUCGCGCUCUCUGCACCACGUCGAGAAUUGGCUCGAAUUGUAGCAAAAGGUGAUGAUGUAUAUACCGACUUGAAUAGGUUUGGCAACAAUCAGUCUAUCGAAGAGUACAGCGAUCUCUUACAAAAGAUGCAACUCAUAUUGCCAGCACUGUCGCAACAUCCACGUGUUCAAGAAUCGGCAGCGUCGGCAGUCUGGCACACUGACUUGCACCUCGGAAACAUAUUCGUCUGUCCAGACGACCCCACGACAAUAGAAGGCAUAAUCGAUUGGCAGUCAGCCGAAGCAGCACCUCUAAUUAUCCAGGCUCGGUUUCCAGAGUUUCUUCGACCGCCAAAAGGUUACCGUUCGGGAACCAAUGUUCCCAAGUUACCAGACAAUUUUGAUGAGCUGGGUCCAGAUGAAAAGGAAUCGGCCAAGGCAGAGCAUACAUUAGCGAUCCAAUCCAAGUACUAUGAAAUAUCGUGCCGCGCACACAACAAGCCAGUUUUCAAUGCAAUUGCCUUGGACCAAUGCCUUUGGGAACCUUUCACGCGUUGCCAGCUUCCUUCGAAUGGGUCCUUAGUCCCACUACGGAACUCUUUAAUCCGUAUUGCUGAGAACUGGGAGCUCUUGGGGCUUUCGGGUAGCUCCCCAUUCCAAUUUAAUGAAGAGGAAUUGAAGCGACAUGACGAACAAGUUCAAUUCUACGAAGAUAGCUUGUCUCUGUGGGAUCUUAUCAAGGAACAGCUUGGCACUGAUAAUAGUGGAUGGAUCCAUUCCGAAGACUGGGAAUCGGUGAAUGAAAUGAACAAAUAUCUGUAUAAUAUGUUCAUCGACACAAUGAGCGAGGAAAUCUCGGCGGAAGAAGCCGCGAAACGAUGGCCCUUUCUGCCGAAGGACGCCUGA